CCCUGUCUCUGUCACUCACGGGGCGGGCCCGGCUGGGCAGCCAUGGCUGCGACGCUCUUCUGGACUCCUCUCCUCUUGGUUCUCCUGGCAGGGCUAGGGGACACCGAGGCCCAGCAGACCACGCUACACCCACUUGUGGGCCGUGUCUUUGUGCACACCUUGGACCAUGAGACGUUUCUGAGCCUUCCUGAGCAUGUCGCUGUCCCACCCGCUGUCCACAUCACCUACCACGCCCACCUCCAGGGACACCCAGACCUGCCCCGGUGGCUCCGCUACACCCAGCGCAGCCCCCAACACCCUGGCUUCCUCUACGGCUCUGCCACCCCAGAAGAUCGUGGGCGCCAGGUCAUUGAGGUCACAGCCUACAAUCGGGACAGCUUUGAUACCACUCAGCAGAGGCUGGUGCUGGAGAUUGGGGACCCGGAAGGCCCCCUGCUGCCAUACCAAGCCGAGUUCCUGGUGCGCAGCCAUGAUGUGGAGGAGGUGCUGCCCUCAACACCUGCCAGCCGCUUCCUCUCAGCCUUAGGGGGACUCUGGGAGCCUGGAGAGCUUCAGCUAGUCAACAUCACUUCUGCCUUGGACCGUGGGGGCCGUGUCCCCCUUCCCAUUGAGGGCCGAAAAGAAGGGGUGUACAUUAAGGUGGGUUCUGCCUCACCUUUCUCUACUUGCCUGAAGAUGGUGGCAUCACCCGAUAGCUACGCCCGCUGUGCCCAGGGCCAGCCUCCACUUCUGUCUUGCUACGACACCUUGGCACCCCACUUCCGCGUUGACUGGUGCAAUGUGACCCUGGUGGAUAAGUCAGUGCCGGAGCCUGCAGAUGAGGUGCCCACCCCAGGCGAUGGGAUCCUGGAGCAUGACCCGUUCUUCUGCCCACCCACUGAAGCCCCAGACCGUGACUUCUUGGUGGAUGCUCUGGUCACCCUCCUGGUGCCCCUGCUGGUGGCCCUGCUUCUCACCUUGCUGCUGGCCUACGUCAUGUGCUGCCGGCGGGAGGGAAGGCUGAAGAGAGACCUGGCUACCUCUGACAUCCAGAUGGUCCACCACUGCACCAUCCACGGGAACACAGAGGAGCUGCGGCAGAUGGCGGCCAGCCGCGAGGUGCCCCGGCCACUCUCCACCCUGCCCAUGUUCAAUGUGCGCACGGGUGAGCGGCUGCCUCCCCGCGUGGACAGCGCCCAGGUGCCCCUCAUUCUGGACCAGCACUGAGGGCCCAGCCAGGAAACCAGGAGUUGCGCAGACCGGAGGCUCCAGCAGCCAGCCUGCUGUCUGGGGUGGCUCCUCCUUGAUCCCUGCUCCCUUGAGGAGGAGGCUGCCCACCCCUCAUCUCUGGGCUCGCCCCCUGCAGCCAGGCAGCUCUUGGGCCUCCUGUGCUCUUCCUGUGCUGGCCAGGGCUAGGAGAGUGCAAGGCCAGCUCCUCACUUCCCGGCUUUGCCUUGGGGUCUUGGCAGCGCCUUUCUGCCUGCUCAGCUCCAAAGAGCACACGGGAGCCUGGCUGCCGGCCUGAGAGGAAGUGGCCCAGACAAGUAGCUGGGAGGAUGGCGUGCCUGCAGAGGACGCUGAGCCCUGCCUGGGCACACAUGUCCAGAGGCCCCCGGCAGCAUGCUGGGAGGGCACAGACAUACUUAGUGCCUCCCCACUGGGCAAUAGCCCCUUCCUGGCGCGCAAGAUUCCACCCAGCAGUCCCACUCCAACCCCCACAGCCCAGGACAAAGAAGUGCAGCCGCCCCCAUCACCACCUCCACCGGGAGACUUGGCCCAGCUGCACACUCUGCUCCACCCCUGUCUCCUCCAGUCCCAUGAUGGCAUUGCCCCUGUUGCCCCGUGGGUGGCCUCCACCUUCCUUCUAAACACAGCACCCACACGUGGCCUGACGCUCAGACAUUCCCUCACCACCUCUCUAUCGGCCAGACCUGGCUACUUAAGGCACCACCUAGGGCCGGCCUCAGCCCCCUGCUGCACGCUGCCCGGGAGCGGGACUGGAAUCAUGAUCCUGCCACACAACAGCUGGCUCAGCCAGCUGAGGGUUAGUUUACUCAUAAGAUGAUCAUCAUAACCGCCUUGGGGCUGUUGUGAGAAUUUGUGGGAACUGGACACUCUGGCAGCUCCCAAGGAUGGACACAUUAUUGCAUGCAAGCACACACACAAUCCCCCAAGGCCAGAGGUCCCUGGGGUCUCCCUGGCCCCUAAGAUCCAGGCUAAAUGAACUCCAUUUCCACCUGCACCUUGUAAAAAGUUCAAUCUCUCCCUGUGAAUUGGGGGCAGAAGCCUAAAUUUGUAUGAUCUUUGGUACGGAUCUGCUGCCUAGAGCUGCACCAUCGAGUACAGCAGCCUCAGGCCAUGUGGGUACUAAGCACUUAAGAUGUGGCUAGUCCAAACUGAGAUGUACUUCAGUGUAAUGGUGAAAUGAUCGGAUUUGGGGAUACAUUAGGUUAAA